UUCAAUUUCCUUAUUUUCUUGAUGUUGCAUUUGCAGAAAUUGACUUCUUAACAAAAAGUUACAAUAAUCAAUGUUUAAUGUGAUCAUCCUAUUUGUUUUACAGGUGACAAAGAGAUGAAGUUUCUAUAAAUUGAUCUUAUACAUGGAGGAGAGCCAUGGCAUUUGCAAGCUUUAAUGGGUCUCUCAAAGAGAUAUGAGGAGGUGUUCUGCUUUUGUUUUUCCUUACCAUUGUCAAGUUUUGUCUUAUCAUCGAUACUUGGGUUCUGUGACAAAACACAUGUCAUUCUUUUCAUAUUCAACUAAUUCUGCAGUUGAAAAGCUUUCUUGCCUAACUUUAACUGCUGCAAGACCUUUUCCAGAUUAUUCGCCUAAAAAACCCUCCAUUAGAGACUCUGAACUUGUGCAGCACGUAUCGACUUCUAUUAAGCAACGUUACACUGAGCACAUUCGGCGUGUCUUAAAGCCCUUUGAAUCAAAAAUCAAACCUGACCACAUCGUUUGGGUUCUCAUGACCAUAAAGAAUGAUUACAAACUGGUUAUAGAUUUCUUUGAUUGGUGGUGUCAACGGAGGGACCCGUCAAUUGAGGUACGUUGUAUUAUCGUGCAUAUUGCUACUGCACAAAAAGAUGCAAAGACAGUACAUAGGCUUAUUCAAGAUUUUUGGGCAAGACCCAGUGUAGAUGUGACAGUUUUCUUCCCCCAGUUUCUUGAAAAGUUAAUAUACACUUAUAAGGAUUGGGGUUCUAAUCCAUUUGUUUUUGAUAUUUUCUUCCAAGUGCUUGUUGAGUUACGAAGUCUAGAUUAUGGAAGAAAACUUUUUGAUAAAAUGUUGCACUAUGGCUUAGUUCUAUCUGUCUCUUCAUGUAACUUUUUCCUUUCACGUCUCUCGCAUGAGAUUGAGGGGCACAAAAUGAUGCUAAAGGUCUUUCAUGAAUUUUCUGAAGUGGGUGUUUGCUGGGACAAUGAAUCUCAUAAUAUAGUGAUCCAUUCUCUUUGUCGGAUAGGGAAAGUUAAAGAAGCUCAUAACUUACUCCUGCAAAUGGAGCUGAGGGGCUGUAUGCCUGAUGUUGUAAGUUACAGCACUGUGAUUAAUGGAUACUGUGCUGCUGGACAGCUUGAAUCAGUGAUGAAGAUCAUCGAAGAAAUGCAAGUAAAAGGAUUGAAGCCAAAUGCAUUUACUUUUAACAGUAUAAUUCUUCUUUUGUCUAAGAGAGGCAAAGUGCAUGAUGCCGAGAAAAUCCUGAGGGAGAUGACUUCCCAGGGAAUCACUCCAGAUAAUGUUGUUUACACAACUCUUAUAGAUGGCUUCUGCAAAACUGGGAACAUAAGUGCUGCAUACAGUCUGUUCAAUGAGAUGCGGAGUCUUAACAUUACCCCUGAUUUGAUAACAUAUACUGCCCUUAUUUCUGGUCUGUGUCAAACUGGAAAUAUUGCUGAAGCAGAUAAGUUGUUGAAUUAUAUGCUUGGCCGGGGGUUAGAACCUGACGAAUUCAUUUAUACAACACUUAUUGAUGGUUAUUGCAAGGCAGGGGAGAUAAAGGCAGCCUUUUCUCUUCACAACAAAAUGGUUCAGAUGCAGUUUGUGCCAAAUAUUGUGACUUACACUACACUAGUAGAUGGGCUCUGUAAACUAGGGGAACUUGAAACAGCAAAUGAACUUCUCCACGAGAUGUGUGGAAAGGGUCUUGAACUGAAUAUUUACACAUACAACUCACUUGUUAAUGGUUUUUGUAAAGCUGGAGAUGUGAAUCAAGCGGUAAAGUUGAUGGAAGAUAUGGAAGCUGCAGGGAUCUGUCCUGAUGCUUUUACGUAUACUACUCUAAUGGAUGCUUAUUGUAAAUUAGGAGAGAUGGGCAAGGCUCAUGGACUACUACGUCAAAUGUUGCUCAGAGGACUCCAACCCACAAUAGUUACAUUCAACGUUCUGAUGAAUGGCUUUUGUAUGUCAGGGAUGCUAGAAGAGGGUGAUAAACUGUUGAAGUGGAUGUUGGAGAAGGGUAUAAUACCAAAUGCUACUACUUACAAUUCUCUUAUGAAGCAGUAUAGUGUGCGAAAUAAUAUGUGUAUGACGUCAGAAAUUUACAAGGGGAUGCUGGGCCAAGGAGUUGUACCAAAUGUCAAUACCUUCAACAUAUUGAUACGAGGACAUUGCAAAGCUAGAAAUAUGAAAGAGGCUUGGUUUUUGCACAAGGAAAUGAUCAAGAAGGGAUUCACCCCGACAUUAGAGACUUAUCAUGCACUCAUCAAAGGGUUUUUAAAGAGGAAAAAGUAUUCUGAGGCGAAAGAAAUGUUUGAAGAGAUGAGAAGAUAUGGUUUAUUGGCAGAUAAAGAACUUUACUCUAUCUUUGCGGAUAUGAACUAUGAACAAGGGAACUUUGAUUUGGCGCUUGAGCUUUGUGAUGAAGCAGUAGAAAAAUGUCUUGCAGACAAGACUGAUAAUAGGUGACAUGUUUCUGCAUCCUGUUGCUGGUCAUCUUGUUGCUAUUUUUGGAACUAGUAACAAAAAACUAGUUGUCUUGCUCCCAAUGAUGCUAAUCUUUUUCGUGCUGUCAAGUCAAUUCAAGUUGUGUUACUCUGGAGGUGAAGGGAGGACUGAUGAAUCACCUUUAAAGCAAUCCUGCUUGGAUCAGAAAGAAGCAUGCAAGCUAGGUGUCGUGGACUUGGAGUUCUACUGCAAUGAAGUAUAUUGCAAUACCACCAAUUAAUGUCAAAAAGCACCGGAAACUAGGAGAAGAUUUGUGAAAGGCUGUUGUUUGGAUAUGUGGAAGUAGCGGUUCAAGGAAUGCAUGAUUGUUUAACCUGGUUUAAACUGUUGAAGGAGUGCAAUAACUACAGGAUGAAGCUAGUCAAAAGCAGCAGACAGUAAAGAAAAAGGACCGAGCAGAGAUCUGCUUUAGCAACGUGACCAUCUGAAGGUGCAGAGGGACCUGGGCUCUCAGCAGUCCUUGCUAUCUCCAUUGAGCAAGUGUAGUUGCAGCGACUUGGACGAACCACUCUGUAUACACCGGUGCUUGUUAAAACAUAGGUAUCCUUCCUGUUAUCCUGUCCAAAU